UGCACAUGUCGCUGCAGGGUCCCCACGUUGUAGCGAAGUGCUCGGAUUGAGCCCAAACGUGGUGUGUGUGUGCGUGUCCUCUAAUGACCUCACAUCCUGUUUUCCCACUUCCUUCACAGCGGACCGGUUUGGGACGGUCCGAGCGCAGCGCAGCGUGGAGGGUCCGCUGAGUGCAGUGUAGGCGCGUUUCUCCACACACAUGUCAGCUGAAGACAUCCUAACAAACUUUUAACACAACUGGCUGACAAUGCAGCGUGUCACUGACUGACCGAGAAGAGGAGAAGCGUCGUUGUUGCUCUUGUGACAGAAUGAAGACGGGAGAGGUGAAGAUUAUAAACAAAGGCCUGGAGGAUGAGAUGGAGGUGUGGGGCUACCGGCCCUGUCUGUGGAAGACCAUCCUGGUGGGUGUGGGUGUUGUCUGCUCCGGCGGUCUCCUCCUGCUGCUCCUCUAUUGGCUGCCUGAGUGGGGCGUCAAGGGCACCUGCACACACACCUCGCUGAGGGACGCACACACGCUGCUGCUCAGGACCACAGAUGAGUUCAGGCAGUGGUUUCGAGCCAAAGCGCAUGUGAUGCUCGCUCCGUGGAAGAAACCCUUCGACAGCUUGGAUUUGUCCGCGACGGCUCAGCUGCCGAACGGAGACCACAGCGAGGAGCAUUAUGGGAAAUUGGCUCAAGGGCAGCCUAUUCAGAUCCACUUCUUCACCCACCACAGCACUAAAUACUACUGGGAUGAUGAGACGCAGAACUUUGAGACCUAUAAAGGCUUGGAAGAUGUGAAUGUGAGCUGUGCAGGAAUCCACUCUGAUCACAGCUCUGGACUCUGUAAAACCCUGCAGGACUUCAGGAGGUUGUUUUUCGGGGAGAAUGAGAUCGCGGUGAGAGUGCCCUCUCUGUUCAAGCUCCUCAUUAAGGAGGUCCUGAAUCCGUUCUACAUCUUCCAGCUCUUCAGUGUGAUUCUGUGGAGCGCAGAGGACUACUACUAUUACGCCACGGCCAUCGUUUUCAUGUCCGUCAUCUCAAUAGCUACCUCGCUGUAUACCAUUAAAAAGCAAUAUGUGAUGCUGCAUGACAUGGUGGCAGCUCACAGUGUGGUGCGUGUUUCAGUGUGUAAAGGAAAUAAAGAAAUUGCAGAAGCCAUGUCGACAGAGCUCGUUCCCGGUGAUGUCGUCAUUAUUCCAGCGAACGGGAUGAUCAUGCCCUGCGACGCCGUGCUCAUCCAUGGAACCUGUAUUGUAAAUGAGAGCAUGCUGACAGGAGAGAGCGUCCCAGUUACCAAGACCAGUCUGCCCAGUUCAGGCGAGGACGCAGCCGUGAGCUACAGCAUGGAGGAGCACAAGAGACACACCCUGUUCUGUGGCACCCACGUCAUCCAGACCCGCUUCUACACUGGUGAACUGGUGAAGGCUGUUGUGGUCAGAACAGGCUUCAGCACAGAGAAAGGCCAACUGGUGCGCUCCAUCCUCUACCCUAAACCCACGGACUUCAAGCUGUACCGAGACGCCUACCUGUUCCUGCUGUGUCUGGUGGGGGUGGCAGGGAUCGGCUUCAUCUACACCAUCGUCCUCAGUGUAAUGAACCAGGUUCCUGCUAAAACCAUCAUCAUUGAAUCUCUGGACAUCAUCACCAUCACGGUGCCCCCGGCCCUGCCAGCAGCGAUGACGGCCGGUAUCGUGUACGCACAGCGGCGUCUGAAACGCGUCGGCAUCUUUUGCAUCAGCCCCCAGAGGAUCAACAUGUGCGGUCAACUUAACCUGGUUUGCUUUGACAAGACUGGUACUUUGACUGAGGAUGGUUUGGACCUGUGGGGUAUCCAGAGAGCUGAAAAUGGCAGCUUCUCUCCCCCAGAGUCCGAAGCAGCUGAACAGAGUCUGGUGAGCUCAGCGUUCGUGGCGGGCAUGGCCUCCUGCCACUCACUGACCAAGAUAGAGGGCGAGCUCUCCGGAGACCCUCUGGACCUCAAGAUGUUCAGCGCCACAGGCUGGAUCCUGGAGGAGCCCACUGAGGAGGAGACGGCGCUCCACAACCCCCUAAUGCCCACAGUGGUGCGACCUCCAAAGCACGUCGUCCUUGAAGCCAAUCAGAACAAUCCACUGGCUCAAAACAUGGAGCUAUCUCAAAUAUCAUCCUUCGAGAUCGGUAUCGUGCGUCAGUUCCCCUUCUCGUCAGCGCUGCAGAGGAUGAGCGUCGUGGUCAGGAGGUUAGGGGAGAAGCACAUGGAUGCCUACUUGAAAGGAGCGCCGGAGAUUGUGGCGAGCCUCUGCAAACAGCACACAGUCCCACAGAGUUUCACAGAGACUCUGGAGAGCUACACCAGGCAGGGCUUCAGGGUUAUUGCCCUGGCACACCGACAGCUGGAGUCCAAACUCUCCUGGCACAAAGUCCAGAGCCUGAGCAGGGACCUGAUAGAGACCAACAUGGAGUUCCUUGGUUUGAUCAUCAUGCAGAACAAAAUAAAGCAGGAGACCGCCGGGGUUUUACGUGAAUUACGACAAGCCAACAUCCGCACCUUGAUGGUCACAGGUGACAACAUGCUGACAGCCAUAUCGGUGGCUCGAGACUGUGGGAUGGUCCGUGCACAUGAGCAGGUCGUUAUAGCAGAUGCUGUGCCCCCUAAAGAUUUCAAUCCUGCCGCUAUCAUGUGGCAUUACACUGAAAACCCUCAGACCACCAAGGACAAUCAGUCUGUGGAGAUAAAUCUGGAGGAAAGGGCGUAUGACAAGCGACAGCCUCCGCAGGAACAAAGCUAUCACUUCGCUGUGAGCGGCAAAGCCUUCGCUGUUGUCACCGAGCACUUCCCUCAACUCGUCCAAAAGCUCGCGCUAAGAGCCACAGUGUUUGCCCGAAUGGCUCCAGACCAGAAGACGCAGCUGGUGGAAAUCCUGCAGAGCAUCGACUACACUGUUGGGAUGUGUGGUGAUGGUGCUAAUGACUGUGGAGCUCUGAAGAGAGCUCACAGUGGGAUUUCUCUGUCUGAGCUGGAGGCGUCUGUGGCUUCACCGUUCACCUCCACCACCUCUAACAUCUCCUGUGUGCCCAACCUCAUCAGGGAGGGUCGAGCUGCCCUCAUUACGUCAUUCUGUGUUUUCAAGUUCAUGGCUCUCUACAGCAUCAUCCAGUACCUCAGUGUCACCCUGCUCUACUCUAUCCUCAGCAACUUAGGAGACUUUCAGUUCCUCUUCAUUGACAUCGCCAUCAUUCUCAUCAUCGCCUUUACGAUGAGUCUGAACCCUGCGUGGAAGGAGCUGGUGUGGCGUCGCCCUCCGUCCAGUCUGAUAUCAGGCCCACUGCUCUGCUCCGUUCUGACCCAGAUCCUCACCUGCCUGUUCUUCCAAGUCCUGGUAUUUCUCUUAGUGCGGCAGCAGAGGUGGUACGAGACAUGGACCCCUCAGUCAGACGCCUGUAAUGUUUCCAGCUACAGUCUCACUCACAGCUCGAACGUAUCAAGUCCUCACGACCACAAAAACAUCAAGAACUACGAGAACACCACCCUCUUCUACAUCUCCUCCUUCCAGUACUUGUCUGUGGCCAUCAUCUUCUCCAAGGGAAAACCAUUCAGACAGCCCAGCUACAAGAACUGGCCGUUCAUGCUUUCCUGCAUUGGUCUGUACACCUUUCUCCUCUUCAUCAUGCUGUAUCCUGUCCCUGCUAUCGACAGCUUCCUGGAGAUCGUGUGUGUUCCCCACGACUGGCGCGUUACCCUGGUGGUUAUUGUUGUAGUGAAUACGGCCGUGUCUUUCAUGCUGGAGAUUUUGAUCCUUGACAUCAUCCUGUGGAGGCUAGUUUUCAGAGGCAAUCAGGGGGGAAAUCGCCCCUCAGCGUCCCCCGCUACUGCCAAACCUCAGGAGGCCAACAGCCGCUGGGGCUCGUCCUUCCUCUCUUGGCUGUUCUGUCGGAGAAACAAACCUCCCAGGGUGCGCUACAUGAACGUGGCCCUGGAGCUGCAGGACGACCCCGACUGGCCCCCCGGACCCUCCACUGUCACCUACGCUAGCGAUGCUCAGUCCCACAUCUCAGCCGCCCUCUGACGCCAACGUGACCAACAGGCAAACUGCGGCAAGUCCCAAACAAGUUGAUGGAGCUCAGAGGUGCGACGGAUGGUCAGAUGAUUUUAUUUUGGAUGUGGACAACAAAGAAGCCUUCAUAAAGAAGAGGCCUCCUACUGUAACAACUAACUGACACUGUGAGCUGCUCUUACAAAAUAUUCUCUUCAAUUGUGCCUCGUCAAAAACAUCAAAAUGGACAAACUCGCUGCACUAGGAUUUUAGCCGUACUGUCAUGUCUCGCUGCUGAAACGGAAGCCAGAGGCCUGUCAAAGGAAUAGAUCAGUGUUUUCAGAAACACUGUGCAUUUAUCAGCUUUUCUUGCUGCGAGGUUGGAACAACGUGGUCGUGUUUUUCAGAUUCUUCUGACACUAUGUGAAUGCAUUUUUAGUGUUCAGGUAUGACAGUUUUUGAUCUUUUUACUUUACAUGAGUUAUUUCACCAAAAUGAUGUGCCAUUCCGUCAAUGUCUGAUUGUCCUCUACUUCCAAUGGCAUACAACAUGCAAAUACUACACUGGACAGUGAGUGUCAUAUGAGCCUUUCCAUUGUUUUACACAGUUUUCAUUAGCUGAUCCUGUAUCUGAACCAAGUGGACCAAGGCACAUUUUCAUCAGAUAUUUUUAGUUUAACAUCAGAUUAAUUCAUCAUGAGAUACAAAAAAAAACGUCUUCCACUAACAGCUGCUGCUAAAAUAUAAAAGCUGUGAAGCAAUAUGAGGUCACAUGGAUUCAAAGAAACACGAGGACUUAUAUCUGUUUGCAGUUUCAUGAAUAAGACUCGUAGUGAUGUAUUUCUCUGACAGAAAACAUCCUACUGCUGCGUUUUCUUUCUUAGAGUCGCUUCAGUUGAAAUUCUUCCUGUGGAAGAGAGAAACAGAUGAUUGUGUCCCUUUUUAAUACUUCGCCUGUGUGUGUGUGUGUGUGUGUGUGUGUGUGUGUGUGUGUGUGUGUGUGUGUGUGUGUGUGUGUGUGUGUGUGUGUGUGUGUGUGUGUGUGUGUGUGUGUGUGUGUGUGUGAGUGAGACAACAGUGUGCCAGUAAAUAUUAGAAUCAAAACAAACCAUUUCAGUAUCCCUCAGAUGCAUCAUGAAAUGUUCUUUUACUCAACACAUGAAUAUGAAGUUAAUUACAACAUUUAACAUGACUGAGGAACUGAACAGAGGUGAUAAUGAUUUAAUUGAUUAAUGCAAACCAAUUAAUCAAAAUUAAUCUUCAAGACACUUGCUGCUGUGAUCAUUUUAUAACAGUUGAUUUUAACACGUGAAUUUUAUGUCAUAUUUCUACUGUUUACAGCUGUUGUACACAAACAGUUUUUAAGUGUAAAAAAAUGAAAUAAAUGUGAAAAUCUAAAUAUUAAUCACCAAAAUGUCAAGAUUAUUACUAUAAUAAAGAGCAAUAUAUUAUGUGUUUUGGAAAAUCAUAAUAAACUUAUUUUCCCAUUUGUUU